CAGUUAUCAAAACUCAGGAAUAAGCCAUAGCCUACCCGAUACACGAUGUCAUUAUAUUAGGUGUAGAGAAUAGACUAAUUCCACAUUUCACUUGUUCUAUAUUAGGUGCCCGAGCAGGUACCUAACUGUCAACAGCGUCAAAAUAAGGACAUAAAGUUGGGAAUCCCCACAUGUUUUAACAGCUCCUAUGCGCUAUCGCCGAGCUUUAUGACGCUCGAGUCGACGGCGGAGCAACUACAUUCCGAUUAUAUGACUAUCCCGGACCCGUGAGUUGUAGAAAAAGCAGGCGCCUAACCCAAACAUCACUUAUUAUUAUUAUCUUGUAACAAAUAACACAGACCGUUCUACAGUUUCAAGACCUACUAAUUUACCAAUUGUUACAUAUUCUGAAUCUACCUUAGGUAGCUGUUACCCUUAAUUCGACUAUGACCACCGAAUCUCCGGUUCCGAUUCCCGAGGCACCACAUCUCCCAAUCCUGGGAUAUGUGACAGGUGUUGACCCGGAGAACGCAGUCCGUUCCUUCACUAGAUUCGCAGAAAACUACGGCGAGAUCUUUCGAGCGCACGUACCAGGGGUUAGCUUAGUAUGGGUCAGCACAUAUGCUCUACUCAACGAGUGUUGCGACGAAAAGAGAUUUGGGAAGAAGAUUAAUGAUGUACUAGCUCAUCUCAGGAAAGGCUUAAACGAUGGGUUGUUUACGGCAACGAGUGAUGAACCGAACUGGGGCAUUGCUCAUCGCGUCCUGAUGCCGGCUUUUGGACCCAAGGGUAUCCGGGACAUGUUCGACGAGAUGAAAGACAUAGCCUCUCAGCUUGCCCUAAAAUGGGCCAGACAUGGACCACACGCAAGGAUUAACGCACCUGAAGAUUUUACGCGACUCACUCUCGAUACGAUAGCUCUUUGCUCUAUGGGAUUCAGAUUUAACAGUUUCUACUCCGAGAACCUACACCCCUUUGUCAACGCCAUGACAGAAUUUCUUCUUGAGAGCGGUCGUAGGGCGCAAAGGUUACCACUUCCUUCAUUCGUCUAUCGGACACGAGACAAAGCAUACGAAUCUCACAUAGCUGUACUUGUCGAUACCGCCCAAGCAGUCCUGAGUGAGCGCCUCGCAGACCCGGAGAACGAUCGAAAAGACCUCCUCUCCGCUAUGAUUAAAGGGCGCGAUUCGCUCACCGGGCAGAAGAUGAGCGAUGCGUCUAUUAUCGACAACUUGAUUACAUUCUUAGUUGCUGGCCAUGAAACUACGUCGGGCAUGUUAUCAUAUGCUAUGUAUAGAUUAUUGAAAAACCCCGACGCUUACCGGAAAGUGCAAGAAGAAGUCGACCAAGUGUUAGGCAAAGGUCCUGUAACAGUACAGCACAUGCAAAAGCUCCCAUACAUCACAGCAGUUCUCCGAGAAACACUACGCUUGGAUGCGCCCAUACCAGUGUUUUCAGUUAGCCCCUUGGAAGACACUUUACUCGCAGGAAAGUACAAGGUUUACAAGGGAGAAUUUAUUCAAUGUCUCCUUGGUAAAACGCAAACCGAUCCAGCAGUCUUCGAGGACCCCACGGCUUUCAAACCGGAAAGGAUGCUUGAUGAAAACUUUAGCAAAUUGCCAAAGAACGCGUGGAAGCCAUUUGGUAAUGGUGCCAGAGCUUGUAUCGGUCGAGCAUUCGCGAUGCAGGAGGCAAUUCUUACCAUGGCCAUCCUGUUCCAAAAUUUCAAUUUCGUCCUGGCUGAUUCAGACUACGAGCUGAAAAACAAGCAGACCUUGACUAUGAAGCCUGAUAAUUUCUUCAUAAGGGCUAUAUUGCGCGACGGGUUAGAUCCUGUCAAACUGGAGCACCGACUUUCCGGAACUGAACAAAAUUUUAAUAAGCCGAAAACACGCACGAACGGCUCAAACCACGAGCAUGAGAGUCAUGAUCGGCAGCUGACUAUCCUAUACGGCUCUAAUAGCGGCACAUGCGAGUCAAUAGCCCAGCGUUUGGCUUUUGAUGCCGCAUCCUACGGAUAUAGAGUUUCCACCCUAGAUUGUAUGGAUGCUGCUAUGGAAAAGCUUCCAGAAAAUCAACCUAUCAUCAUAAUAACGGCGAGUUACGAAGGACAAGCUCCCGAUAACGCGGCCAAUUUCGUUCAUUGGAUCGAAAAUAUCAAAGACAAGUCAGCUCUGUGCGGAUCAUCUUACGCGGUUUUUGGAUGUGGUCACCAUGAUUGGUCGCAGACAUUCCACCGAAUUCCUAAACUUGUAGAUACAAGGCUAGAAGAAAUCGGCGCGACGAGGAUCACAGAGUUGGGCCUUGCGGACGCCGCCCAGGAGGAUCCAUUCGUUGCUUUUGAUACCUGGGAAGAUGUGCUCUGGAAAGCCUUGGAUAACUCAGGGACUGGCCAGGAAUCGAAUGUAUUACUCAAAACGCAGCCCACAUCACUGACGGUAGAGAUAUCUAAUACACGACCGGCGAUACUUAAUCAGAGCGUGGAGGAAGGACGCGUACUCGCGACCAAGCUCCUUACAGCGGAUGGCGAACCCGCGAAGAAGCACGUAGAAAUACAGCUUCCCGCCGGCGUUAAUUAUGCACCCGGGGACUAUCUAUCCGUUUUGCCUAUCAAUCCCAAGGAAACGGUCCAUAGAGCCAUGCGUAGAUUUGGAUUGCCGUGGGAUACAAGCAUCAAAAUCUCAGGUGCUGGCAUAAGGCUACCUACUGACGAACCGGUCCCUGCUAAUAGCAUAUUGAGCGACUUUGUCGAGCUCGCCCAGCCGGCCACCAAAAGGAAUAUUCUCGCACUGGCCGAUAAAACAGAAAGUGAGGAGGACCGUCAAGCACUAAAGAAGCUGGCGACGGAAAGCUACGACGCAGAAGUGUUAGCAAAGCGAGCAUCCAUAUUAGAUUUGUUGGAAAUGUUUCCUUCAGUCAACUUAAGUUUGGGAUCUUUUCUAGCGAUGCUACCGCCUAUGCGUCUUCGCCAAUAUUCUAUUUCCUCAUCACCCUUGGAGGAUCCCCUGAAGGCGUCUAUCACUUUUUCUUUAGUUUCGGGACGCGCCAAAUCUGGCCGGGGAAAUUAUAUUGGUGUAACGAGCUCCUAUCUGGCCAGCCUCGAAGUCAACGACAGGCUCCGAGUGUCGGUACGGCAGUCUCAUAUGGCAUUCCAUUUGCCAGACGCACCGGAAGAGACACCGCUGAUUCUCAUUGCAGCGGGAAGUGGCAUAGCUCCGUUCCGCGGGUUUAUUCAGCAUCGCGCUGUAAUGAUCAGAUCAGGUCGGAAGUUGGCACCAGCUGUGCUUUAUCAUGGCUGCCGGGAACCAGGCAAGGAUGAUAUUUAUUCAGAAGAGUUUGACGAGUGGGAGAAAGCUGGAGCCGUCACGAUCAAGCGUGCCUUCAGUCGAACGCCAGAAAAGUCGGACGGAUCCAAAUACGUGCAAGAUAUCGUAUGGGCAGACCGACUUCAUUUUCUUCAGUUGUGGCGAGAGGGCGCACAGCUCUAUAUCUGUGGGUCACGAAAGGUCAGCCAGGGUAUUGAAAAGGUUAUUAUAAAGAUGCGACAAGAAGAAUCGCAGCUUAAUGGCGAGCAUCUGAGUGACGAAGAUGCGAAGAAAUGGUGGGAUGAGUUGAGGAAUAUUAGGUAUGCUACCGAUGUGUUCGACUAGAAUGGCGUAACAUUCUCACGGAUCAUCGCGGGGGUGUACUGAAAGGCUUCCGCAAUGUCUUAAAAUAGCACGAAUCUCUCAUAUCAUUA